AUGGGCCUCCCGCAAAACACGCUCCUGAGCGGGUCCGUGCUGAGCUAUGGGUCCGGGACCACCACGGUGGCCACGGAGCAGACGGCGCGCACGGCCGUCACCGCGACGUCGAGCCGGGCCAUGCAGGCCCGCGGCGAGACCUUCGCGUCCUGGGUGAAAGGCCGCGCCUCCGGCGCGUCGGCGCCGAACCCCUACGACAAGUACGUCGUCGAGAAGUACGCGGACCGGGCGCCCGACGCCGCGAGCCGCCUGAGCAGCCUCGACUACUACGACGCCGAGGCCGCCGACGGCCGGCUCUGGCGCGCCGCGCAGCCCGCGUUCUCCAAGGAGCGCCGGUUCCCGCGGCUCCGCCAGUUCGACACGCGGGGGCGGCUCCACGGCUUCCGCAAGAAGCGCGUCGUGCUCCACGAGCGCUUCCACGACGUCGACCGGGGCCGCCGGCGGCGCCAGCGGCGCCACCCGUACCGGAGCCACUGGGGACUCUCGCCCGAGCGCCUCGCGCCGCCGCGCGCGUCGCGCCUCGCGCCGGGCCCGGGCGCCUACGCCCACCGGGACCCCUGGCUCCCCGACGAGACCUGCGGCGACGUGAGCCGCCAGGCGACGUUCCAGUCGUCGACGUCGAACUCGCCCUUUGAGUACAAGUCGAAUUGGGGCCGGCCGCAUGCGGGCUUCAACACGGCCGCGGCGCUCGACUCGCCGCCGCCCUACGACGCGCCCCGGGACUGCGCCCGGGGCCAGCCGACGAGCCCGCCCUUCCGCGCGACGACGCACCGCUUCGACGAGCCGCGCCGCGUCGCGCCGCGCGCGAGCUCGCUCCGCGCGGACCGCGCGGGCGCGCCCGCGCUCGCCGUGGGCAACGUCGACGCGCCGCCGCCGCGCGCGGCGAGCCGGGGCGUCCUGCGCCGGGCGCGGCCCCGGUCGCCGUCGGGGCCCCGGCCCCACACGGUCACGGGCGUGCUCCUCGACGAGGCGACGCUCGCGCCCCUCCGGGAGACGGCGCCGGCGCCCCGCGCCGCGUAA